CAUCAGAAGUCAGGGAUGAGAAACCAUACAGAGAUAACAUUAUUUAUCCUUCAAGGACUAACAGAUGAUCCAUGGCUAAAAGUUCUGAUUUUCAUCUUUCUCUUUUUCACAUAUAUUUUGACUAUAAUUGGGAACCUGAUCAUCAUCACCCUCACCUUGACAGAUGCACAACUAAAGACACCCAUGUAUUUUUUCCUCCAAAACUUUUCCUUUUUGGAAGUGGCAUUCACAACUGCCUAUAUUUCCAGAUAUCUCUACAGCUUCUCAACUGGAGACAAAACCAUUACUCAUAAUGCUUGCUUUGCCCAAAUAUUUUUUGUCGUUCUUCUUGGAGUAACAGAAUGUUUUCUUCUGGCGACCAUGUCCUAUGAUCGCUAUGUGGCCAUCUGCAGACCUCUACACUACACAACCAUCAUGAACAGCAAAGUCUGCAACCAGUUUCUCCUGAGUUCUUGGCUGGCUGGGUUGAUGACUGUCCUCCCACCACUUAGUCUGGGCUUGCAGAUGGAAUUCUGUGACUCUAAUAUUAUUGAUCAUUUUGCUUGUGAAGCAUUUCCCUUGAUAAAGAUUGCGUGCUCGGACACACAAUUCAUAGAGAAGAUAGUUCUGAUCUUUGCUGCAUUGACCCUCAUUGUCAACUUCUUAGUACUUCUGUCCUAUGCACACAUUAUCAAGACAGUUCUCAGAUUCCCCUCAGCUAAACAAAGGAAAAAGGCCUUUUCCACUUGUUCUUCCCAUGUAAUUGUUGUCUCUAUUACUUUUGAAGGCAGCAUCUUUAUCUAUAUGAAACCCUCUACAAAAGUAGUGCCUUUAAAUAAAGUGGUGUCACUGCUUAUAACUUCAGUUGCUCCUGUUAUGAACCCUUUAACUUAUGCCCUAAGAAAUGAGCAAGUGAUACGAACUUCUAAGAACUUAGCCAAAAAGAUUUUCUUCCUCUCAAAGCAAUAA